UCUGGUGGCUGCCUAAAACCUGGCGCCGGGCUAAAACAAACGCGAGGCAGCCCCCGAGCCUCCACUCAAGCCAAUUAAGGCGGACUCGGUCCACUCCGUUACGUGUACAUCCAACAAGAUCGGCGUUAAGGUAACACCAGAAUAUUUGGCAAAGGGAGAAAAAAAAAAGUAGCGAGGCUUCGCCUUCCCCCUCUCCCUUUUUUUUUCCUCCUCUUCCUUCCUCCUCCAGCCGACGCCGAAUCAUGUCGAUGAGUCCAAAGCACACGACUCCGUUCUCAGUGUCUGACAUCUUGAGUCCCCUGGAGGAAAGCUACAAGAAAGUGGGCAUGGAGGGCGGCGGCCUCGGGGCUCCGCUCGCAGCUUACAGACAGGGCCAGGCGGCCCCGCCGGCCGCGGCCAUGCAGCAGCACGCGGUGGGGCACCACGGCGCCGUCACCGCCGCCUACCACAUGACGGCGGCGGGGGUGCCCCAGCUCUCCCACUCCGCCGUGGGGGGCUACUGCAACGGCAACCUGGGCAACAUGAGCGAGCUGCCACCUUACCAGGACACCAUGCGGAACAGCGCUUCGGGCCCCGGAUGGUACGGCGCCAACCCAGAUCCGCGCUUCCCCGCCAUCUCCCGCUUCAUGGGCCCGGCGAGCGGCAUGAAUAUGAGCGGCAUGGGCGGCCUGGGCUCGCUGGGGGACGUGAGCAAGAACAUGGCCCCGCUGCCCAGCGCACCCCGCCGGAAGCGUCGGGUGCUCUUCUCCCAGGCGCAGGUGUACGAGCUCGAGCGACGCUUCAAGCAGCAGAAGUACCUGUCGGCGCCGGAGCGCGAGCAUCUGGCCAGCAUGAUUCACCUGACACCCACGCAGGUCAAGAUCUGGUUCCAGAACCACCGCUACAAGAUGAAGCGCCAGGCGAAGGACAAGGCGGCGCAGCAGCAACUGCAGCAGGACAGCGGCGGCGGCGGAGGCGGCGGCGGCGGUGCGGGUUGCCCGCAGCAGCAGCAAGCUCAGCAGCAGUCGCCGCGCCGGGUGGCCGUGCCGGUCCUGGUGAAAGACGGCAAACCCUGCCAAGCGGGCGCCCCUGCACCGGGAGCCGCCAGCCUGCAAGGCCACGCGCAGCAACAAGCUCAGCAGCAGGCGCAGGCGGCGCAAGCGGCUGCCGCGGCCAUCUCUGUGGGCAGCGGUGGUGCGGGUCUAGGAGCACACCCAGGCCACCAGCCCGGCAGCGCAGGGCAGUCCCCGGACCUGGCGCACCACGCAGCCAGCCCCGCAGCGCUGCAGGGCCAGGUCUCUAGCCUAUCUCAUCUGAACUCCUCUGGCUCGGACUAUGGCGCCAUGUCUUGCUCUACCUUGCUUUAUGGUCGGACCUGGUGAGAUGUGGGACGCGCCUGAGCCCUGCGCGACCUCACCGCUUCCCCUCUACCCUCCGCAAAGACCACCAUUCGCCCGCUGCUCCACGCGCUUCUACUUUUUUAAAGAACCUGUUCAUGUUUAGACCAAGGAAAAGUACACAAAGACCAAACUGCUGGACUCCUUCUUCUUCUUCUUUCUUCUUCUUCUUCUUCUUCUUCUUCUUCUUCUUCUUCUUCUUCUUCUUCUUCUUCUUCUUCUUCUUCUUCUUCUUCUUCUUCUUCUUCUUCUUCUUCUUCUUCUUCUUCUUCUUCUUCUUCUUCUUCUUCUUCCUCUUCCUCUUCCUCUUCUUCCUCUUCCUCUUUCUCUUCUUCUUCUUCCUCCUCCUUCUUCCUCCUUUUUCUCCUUGUCUCCACUCCUCCUUUUCUCUUUCUCUUUUUCCUACGUUUCCCCUUUUUUCCUUCAUCCUUCUCCCUUUCCUUUCUCUUUCCUACCUAAAACUUGUGGACUUUACUCUUUUUUUUUUUUUAACAUAAAAAGAAAAUAGAAACAGCCAAGCAAAUCCAACCCCUUUACGAAUUCUUUAAACAGAGAAGGACAGAGAACAAAUUUGGGGAUCUUUCUGGUAGUUCAAAUGGGUUCUCAAGCUUAGGCAUGGCACAAUUUUGGGGCCUGCUCUAUGCUUCCACGGCCCUGAACUCUGAAGCCGGAAAACUUCCCUGUGGAUGCACUCUGCCAGCAAAGAGAGCUUGCUUGUAAAUACCAGGAUUUUUCGUUUGUUUGUUUCAGAAGGGAGGACAGAAGCUGGAGAGGAAAGAUUCUUCAGCAUAACCCACUUGUCCCUGACACAAAGGAAGUGUCCCCUCCCAGGCGCCCUCUGGCCCUAUAGGUUCAGUCCAGGCUGGCCUUUCAGAAAAUUGUUUUAGGUUUGAUGUGAACUUGUAGCUGUAAAAUGCUGUCAAAAGUUGGACUAGAUGCCUAGUUUUUAGUAACCUGUACAUUAUGUUGUAAAAAGAACUCCAGUCCCAGUCCCUGGCCCCUCACUUUUUAAAAGGGCAUCAUCGACAAGCCUGUGUAUAUUACUCCACGGUUUGGUAUUUGCAGCACCAGUUGCCCCCUCCCUUUUUUCUGUUGUAACUUAUGUAGAUAUUUGGCUUAAAUAUAGUUCCUAAGAAGCUUCUAAUAAAUUAUACGAAUUUAAAAAGAUGCUUUUUCUGAUUAAAACCCUUUUUGUUUUU